UGGUGAAUUUAGCCGUACCCUAAUUUUAAACAGAAGUUUGUAUACAAUGCACUUUACCGAGUUUUGCACAAGCGCGAGAUAAAAGUGAAAGUAAAAAUUUGUGGAGCAAAACAGAGCGCGCCCGCUCUGUGCGCUAGAUUCAUUACCAUGCUGUGCUGGCCAACUGCUACCGCCCCGGAUGUUGGCCGUCCGGUUCGGUGCUGCUCAACAAUGGUGACGGAAAAAUAGUCAGAUACAAUCGGUGGUGGUGGCAGCUUUUGAAGCAUCGUGGUACGCCCGUUCGAAUGGAAGCGGGUGCGCGCGGUGUAGUGCAUCCAUUCGCAUCCAUCUAUGCACAGAGGACUUUGUGGCUAGAGAUGCGUUAGUCAGAGCGUGUGCACAAAUUUGCACAACAGUGUGUAUGCUGCCCGUGUAGCGAGAAAGCAGGAACGAAGAAACAGUGAUUAAGAGAUAAAUCAACUCCUCAGAGGAUAUCACCAAAUGUUGCUCUUUUCUCCAAACUUUGGCUAAGCCAUCCAAGGGGGAAAUGAAACACAAAAGUAUUAUCAGUGAAAAAUGCCAUUAAACUUGGUAUUAAUUGAGAUCAUUGCGAAGAGCGACUACGAUAAGCUACUAAAGUGACGUAAACCCGUUGGAUGAAAUCGUCCCGCGCCAAUCGAUGAGCUCGAUUGUCCUGCAUUCGAAGCAGCUGAAUCAUACAACGCUUACGCUAUGAGACGAAAUGUGAAAGUGUUCGGACUCGUUUCCAUCACCUGGAUUGUGGUGGUGAUCUACUAUUUCCAGGGCGACUACUAUCACAAUGACGGGAAUCGUGCGCUGCGUUUGCGCAGCAGUAAAAUGAAGCACUCCGCCUCGGAACACUAUAAUGGUGGAGGUAGCGAGGCACUAACGAAUCGCGACGACGAACAUCAAAGCGUGUUGAAGAGUGCGGCAGAAAGUAAUGCUGCCAUCGUCGGCAGCAGUAGCAGCAGCACCAGUAUCAGCAACGGCCACAACCUUCAUAGCAGCAAUAGCAAUAGCAUCUUUAGCUACAAUGCACCACCCAUGACCUGGGACUAUUUUGAUGAGGCCAGCUACAUACAGAAGGGCGGUCUGCAACGGGGUGAAGAUCCGUACUUAAGGAACCGUUUCAACCAGCAGGCGAGCGAUGGGUUGAAGAGCAACCGCGAGUUGCCAGACACUCGCAAUGCCAUGUGCCGCCGUUCAAGCUGGUCGGAUCUCAGUACCAUCGCGCACCUGCCAGCGACCAGUGUGAUCAUUACGUUCCACAACGAAGCUCGCAGCACAUUGCUACGAACGGUGGUCAGUGUGCUCAAUCGCUCACCCGAAAGACUGAUCCACGAGAUAAUUCUUGUGGAUGACUAUUCCGACUUUCCUGAGGAUGGGCAGGAGUUGGCCAAGAUUCAGAAGGUGCGCUUGAUAAGAAAUAGCAAACGCGAGGGAUUGGUACGAUCACGGGUUACAGGGGCUGCCGCCGCUACGGCUAAGGUGCUCACCUUCCUCGACAGCCACUGUGAGUGUAAUGUGAACUGGCUCGAACCGCUGCUGGCACGUGUAGCAGAAGAUCCAACACGUGUCGUGUGCCCGGUGAUCGAUGUGAUCAGCAUGGAUACGUUCCAGUAUAUAGGCGCUUCGGCCGAUCUGCGCGGCGGCUUUGAUUGGAAUUUGGUGUUCAAGUGGGAGUAUCUGAGCAAUGCCGAACGUAAAGCGAGACAGCGCGAUCCUACGGCCCCAAUACGCACGCCCAUGAUUGCGGGUGGACUGUUCGUGAUCGAUAAGGCGUACUUCGAGCGUCUCGGCACCUACGACACGCAGAUGGACAUCUGGGGCGGUGAAAAUCUAGAAAUCAGCUUCCGCGUUUGGCAGUGUGGCGGCUCGCUGGAAAUCAUACCCUGCAGCCGGGUGGGGCACGUGUUCCGCAAGCGCCAUCCCUACACGUUCCCCGGUGGGGGGAGUGGCAACAUUUUUGCUAAAAACACUCGCCGCGCAGCAGAAGUGUGGAUGGACGAGUACAAGAAGUACUACUACGCGGCCGUUCCGCUCGCUACUAACAUUCCGUUCGGUGACAUCGACGAUCGAUUGCAGCUGCGAAAGGAACUGCAAUGUAAGCCAUUCCGAUGGUAUCUGGAACACGUGUAUCCCCAGCUAGGCAUACCGGAACGCCGCAACAAUGGCAGCAUCCGGCAAGGCGUGUACUGUCUGGACAGCCUGGGCAAUGUGGCCGGUGCGGUGGUCGGACUGUACAGCUGUCACGGCAACGGUGGCAAUCAGAACUGGAUACUUAAUAGGAAAGGGGAGCUCAAGCAUCACGAUCUCUGCCUAACGCUGGUUAAGUUCACGAUCAGCGCACGGUACAACAGCGUGCUGAUGAAGUACUGUGACGAUUCGGAGAACCAGCAGUGGCACCUGAAGGACGGGGGACUGAUACAGCACAGAAAGAUUAAUGUAUGUUUAGAUUCGCGACACAUGAAGGAAAGGGGCAUCACGGCGGAACGGUGCAACUCCGCACUCGAAUCACAGCACUGGAAGGUUGUUACGGAGGUGCAAUAAAUCGCCCGCCACGGGGGGCGGGGACGAAGAGGGGUUUCUUACUUCAGUCAGUGGGAUGUAGUCCAUGUUCUUUGUUGUUAUAUACAUACAUUCUAUUCAAAACCAAUUCAAUCUCCUGAUAUGCAGAUAUUAGAUAGUACGAAAGCGUAGCAUUGUGACACUAUAGAGUUUAAGAGAAGAUAAGGUGUGAAGCGUGGAUCGAUUCAAUCUUUUGCAUCAAACGUAGAUGUAUAUGCAUUUGCAGAUAAAAAAUAAAAACACCACCACCACCACCCUCCCCCUUACACCAUCACAUACACCAACAGCAACACAAAAUAAGUUAAGAAAAUCGAAAUGAAUUCUCGCUGUAACGACGCAAGUGCAACCCUUUUUAUUGUAUUUCCAGUUUUUUUGUUACAAAACAAAGGAUAACAGCUAAGGAACGAUCAGUAAAACAUUCAGGAAUAGUUUUGUCCUGUAUGAAGAAACACGUUAAA